GACUGUAGUUAUAUCAUCUAUUUACUACCUAAUUCGGCCCUUGUAAUUCAUAAUUUUUCGAGCUUCAACAGUGAGGUCGAAUCGCCACCGGAUGAAUUUUGCUAGCUAGGUAAACUUUAUCAUGCUUUUGUGCUUCUGGCAUCACUCGAAAACGCACAUGCAACGGUCUUACAUCUGGCGUUGGCAAAAUAUGGGUCUGAGCCGCUGAGGAUUGUCGCCCUGUCAGACAGGGGAAAAUCCCAACGACGCUUUCUGUAAUGUUAUCGAGACAUUUUGAUACAAACUCUUUUCACAAACCGCAAACUCUAUAUAUAAGGUUGCAUAACCAUAGCUUCCGAGGAAAUUAAUGAACCUUCACUCCUGGACAUGAUGGGUUCCAAAACAAUCAUUCUCGGGGUACUGACUGUCCUUUCCGGGGUCUUGUAUCAAACAAUCCUGAAGGAUUGGUUGUACCUCAAUUUCGGAGUCGGACGAAUUCAUAACGUUCUUGAGGAUUACCCGUUUACAUGUCGACGACUAGAGCAUCCACUCUUGGAAUCUUGUGAAGAUCUCUUUCUUGAUCACGAGGAUCGUACACUGUAUGCUGCUUGUUCGACAGUUGCAAGUCGAAAGGGUUGGGGUCCGGCGGCAAAUCUUUACAAUGUAUCCAAAAGGACUUUGGAAGAUCACGUGUCAGUACUUAAAAUCGAUGAGCCAGGAGAGGAUGGACUCUAUGGACUACACACGCUAGAAAUCUCAGAAGGGUAUCAGGGGGUGAAUGGUCAUAAAUCUAUCGAUAUUCAUGGGUUUGAUGUUGAGUUCUUGUCUGAUUCUCGAUUGAGAUUUUGGAUGGUCAAUCAUCGACCAGCAAUUGAUGAAUCUGGCAAUUUUCUCGAUGCAACAAAAGUAGGAGCGAACUCCACCGUGGAGGUGUUCGACUUGAUUCCUGGGUCUAAAGAAUUGAAAUUUGUCAAGACUGUUGCCAGUCCAAUCAUAAAAACGCCAAAUAACAUCGCCGCGACCGGAGAUGGCGGGUUUGUAGUCACUAAUGAUCAUUCCACCAAAACUGGACUUCUUCACUCAUUGGAUUUUUUAAUUGGAGGAGGAAAUAUCGCUGUGUGUGGGUCUGACAAUCAAUGUCAUUCUGGUCCCUCGAAUCGAUUUCCCAAUGGCAUUGUUCGAGGACAAGAUGGCUUCUACUAUGUCGCCUCUACUAUCAGAGGAAAAGUUUCCGUCUACGCCCUCGAUUCCAAUAAUAAAUUUACCCAGAUUGACGAAAUCGAUUUGAAGAUGCCAUUAGAUAAUUUAUCCAUAGAUGCUAAUGGCGACAUCUUGGCAGCCGCUUUUCCAGACGUAGUCAAGGCGGUGAAAUCGAGCCAUAAUUCUACAAUUGGUGUCCCAGCGACUGCUUUCAGGAUCAGGAAAUUUGAUAUCGAGGAUGGAGGGUGGAGAUAUGUGGUUACGAAAGUUUUAGAGGAUAUUGAGGCGAGUGUUUUGUCAGGUGUUACUUCGGUCGUACAUGAUCCUAAAACGGGAAGGUUGUUUUUGGGUUCUAUUACGGCACCGUUUAUUAUUGUGUGCGACAGGAUUUAGAGUUACUUAUCUGGGAUGGUUGUAAAGUUGGAAGUAUGAGGACGCAGUCAAUUAAGAGGGUUCUUGUUGAUGAUUUGAUCACCUUGUAUUUUCAGUCUUUUUUCGGAUGUACUAUACGUUUCCUUCCCUAUCAUCUCAAAGGUUUCAAAGCUCACCUACUCAAAAUCAAUUCGAGUAGAUGUUUCUCUCAACUAACAAUCACAUAUAUACAUAGAAAUUCCUCCCUUUCUAAAAGCCCAAUCCCAGUCACAAAAGCUCCAAUCCCCUUCCAAAUACCAAUAUUCAAAAAGCAAACUAACACUCCCUCAGCAAUCUACAUGAAACCCUCCAACGGACUCCCCAAGAUAAAAUCUUCAAUGGGACUGGCCACCAAAUCUCUCGUCACAAGCGAAAGUCCCACAUUCCCAUUUUGAUGAUUCGAUAUUAUGGAAUCGAUACUUGUUGUGAUUGAUAUCUUGGGGGCUGUCCCGGAUCUAUUUGAAGAGAAUGGAAAGCUUGAAAAAGUUCUCGAGGGGUAGAUUGGAGCUUGUGACGUUGUUGGUUCUGAUGUGGAGGGUGUGAGAUGUUUGGGGGAUGAGGAUGAGGAUGAGGACGGAGAUGCGAGGUUUAUAUUGGGUGUGGAAUUGGACGUGAUGUCCUGGGAUGAUUCUACGAGAGUGGGUUAGCGGAAAUGAGGUGCUAAUGAUAUGGUGAUGAAGAUGAAGAUGAAGAUGUGAAGGGAAUCUUACGUUCUAAACUACUUCUAUUCACAUGUAUCGAUUCAUGAUCGUGGGAAGACGCACUAAUCCUAGUAUUUUGCGAAGUACUCUCCAUUUUAUGUUCGACUACCGAUAUUUCUCAACCAGAAUAUCGACGAUGAGAAAGAUGACUUUCCAGCAACAGUCAGAAAAGAACUGGCGCAUGGGAUGGGUGUGAGAGGUGGAGAGUGACAUGAAGAGUGAUGGAUUUGAUUGUGUGGUUUUUUUUGGUUGAUUUGAGGAUGUUGAGCAUAUACAUACCUUUAAUAUUCCACUGUUGUAUAUAUUGUGAAUACUGAGCGAGGCGUGGGGAAUGCUGAAAUGGCCGUGAAGCAGACCAGCCGGAGGCGUUUGUGCUUGUGUUUGUGGGAGGGAAACGUGGAGACCGACUGGGUUACUCGGGUAUGUAUGUGUGUGUGUAUUUAUUGCAUGCCAGAAAUUUCAGAAGGAGAUAUAAUUCUUACUUAUAUAGGAGAGGGAGGGGGGAGAAUAAUGGGGGAAAAAUAAAUUAAUUUUGCUUUAAAAAGAAUUCCAAGUCUCUGCAUCUGUUUAUACAUAGUACCUAGCUAUCAUCUCGAGACCAUCUCCAACACAAUUUUAUUUCUA